AUGGUUUUGUCAAGGAUGAUUAUCAAAGCGAUAGUCAUAUUCUUUGCUUUCAUUGGGUGCAUUGGAUGUAACUUGACGAUACAAGAAAACUACGAGAGGCUCGAAACAUGUGGAACUGAGAAAGACCGCCAAUACUUCAAAAGCAGGCUUGGUUAUGCUACAUUCAAUAAUGGCGGCCAAUACAACUUUACCACCGGGGGAACUUUAAUUUCAAAAUAGCAUUUUCUCACAUCGGCUUACAUCUUGAUGGAUGGUAACAUGACGUGGAGAGCCAAUCACACUCCAUUCAGUGAUUCUUGUGUGAAAGGAACACUAGAUUCCAUUGUUCCACCAGAAAUAGUAGCUGAUUUGAAGGUUUUUGUUUGCCCCAACGGAGAUUAUUGACCUAAUUUAAAGCCAAAGAAGGCAUGGCUUCUUCGGAUCUGCGAGGGUUACACCUACACUUACUUUCAAGCGUUUAACACCCCAAUGCUUGUGGAAGUUGAAAUCCCCAUUCCAGGAUCAUCUGUAUGUGUUCCCACAGAGAGAACUCAAAUUUUGGAAGAAUCUUCUCUCGUUUAUACGUUUAUCCCAUUUAAUGGAAGUGUGGUUGAACAACUUAUUGAUGUAGGCUAUAAUUAUACGCGGGGAAGCUCUAGUUAUUCGUGGGGGGGACUUAAAACAGGGUUGGUGGGCGGAAAUGGGAAUUGUGGAAGUUUAAUACAAAAUAUUGACGGAAAAUGGACAAUGGUCGGCUUUGGAACACCAAAAAACACGUGGAAAGAGAGUUCUUACUUCUUCGAGUUGAAAUGGUUCUCUGAAAGUUUUUGUCGUUUUGCGGGAAUUUGUGAGACAUCCAGACUAACGACCGCAGUUCCAUAA